UCAUCAACACACGGAGCUAAACGUUCUAGAAUUCCGCAGUUAGAAACAGCGGAGAGCACAGAGAGUUGAAAGAAGGUCAAAUCGCCGUCACGUAUACACUGCCAAGUUUUCACUUUUCCCGUCUGGAAAAUCAGCCGAAAAUGUCUCAAACAGCAUCUUUACGGACCGGUCGCGUGAGCCGCAUCCAGUUUGGGGACAAUGUCGCCUGCGAGAACACGAAAAACUGGCUCAUGGACUCAGAAUCCCUCGGCUGCGGCGGCUGGGCGUCGAACCCGGCCGAGGUGCAGCCCGAGGGCCGGUACGUGCUCAAGGUGUGGACGCAGGGCCGCGAAAAGGUGAUGAUCAACGUCUGCGCCGAGCACGACGGCCUGCUGCACCCGCGGUCGGUGCGCGGAGGGUUGGCGCUGCCGCACUCCGUCAGCCGGCCCCGCAGGGACACCGACCUGAAGAAGCAGCCGUGUAAGGUGGUCGACGUCACCUUCGGCGGGCACGCCCUCGCGCUCGCCGACCAGUCCGACUUCUUCAGGCAACACCUUCACCUGGCCGCCCUGAACGCGGCGCAGUCGGCCCUGGGGAUGACCCUGCAGAAGGACCGCGUCGCCACCCCCAAGCUCGUCUGCAAGGGCAGCCCCGAGGGCUUCCGACUCGCCCGGCUCGACGACGACUCCAGGCUGGAGGUGUCCGAGGACUCCGCCGGCUUCUCCGUCCGACUGCACCUGCCGAGCGACCACUCAGGGCAUCGACUCACCUACUCCCUGGCCCAGGACUAUCUGGAAGUUGAUCUGAGAAGCCACCAAGUCGUGAUUCACCUGCCGUACAAAGUACAAGGACUGAGAGAGGAGCCAAAGUAUCUGCAGAACCAGUCGAAACUCGUGUUCCACAUGUUGAAAAUCGGCAACAAAGCUACCAAGGCCGGCUUCUUCUUGGUGAACCAGCCCGUGUCCCAUUCCGACUGUGAAGUUGAUGAGAUAACCCAGAAAAUCGGCGACGUGCACAUGGAAACCGGAAGCACCAGCAGCGGUGGCUCCGACGAGGAGAAGACCUUUGCUCACGAAGAUGACCUCAGCAGUACUGAAAACAACUACCAGAAGUCGAAAGAGCCGUCUGAAAAACUGGACAACCAAAAGUGUGAUGACCAAAGUCAAAACAGGCUCAACAAUAUCAAUAAGAGGCUACGCAUUUUGGCUGCGAAAACAAGAUCGAUAUCAGAAUCCAGUGAUGAUUGGUCGAUGUGCCAAAGUCCGUGCAAAGGCAUUCUCAAGGGCAGCUUCUCCUUCUCUGGUGAUUUGGCAGCGAGCUGUGAGCUCAGUGAACAGAAUGAAGAGACUGCCCGCGAAGGGGGCUCAGCCAACUCUGUCAAAAAGUCCGUCUCCUUCAGCGACGUCAUCUCAAAACAGCUCUUCAGAGCGGACUCGAGCAUCCUGGGCCAGAGGAAAAAGAACCAGCGCAAGGCGCGCAACAAGAGGAAGAGCAGUCAGCGCAAGCACACGACAUCCGAAAGUGAAGAUGUGACCUCCGAAGCCGAGACCUCUAGCGGCAAGGAGGGCCAGGAAAUGAUGUUUGACAUCGACAUGUAACUGAAUGUGAUCCCACUAGUGAUACACUCCUGUCGUUGCAUUUUAAGACUCCGUAGUCGUAAAUAUUUUUGCACAACCCCCCUCCCCCUCUCGCCCCUGCAGGGUAUGGAAAGGAUUUUUUUACUUUUCGCUUUUCUCCCCCUUCCCCCAGUAAUUAUUGAUAAACGAAUUUUAAAAGAUUCUAGUGUUCUGUUUUCGCUGUUAGAACAUUUUUUGUUCACUUAUCUGUCUUAAUUCUACUUAAAAAAAGCACAGCUUUUGGCCUUUGGCCUUUUUUGUAAAACUUGUGUAGGUCUUUCAAGACUAAAAAAUUAGGGUGUCGAAUUCAUAUUCACUUAUAAAAUUGUGUUGUUUAAAUCUUGUCAAAAUUGGUGCAACUUGUCUUUUAUAUUAUCUUUUUGUGCCAUUAUUUCACUGUCAAAGAAUAUUUAAUCUUAAAAGGAUCACUGUGAAAACUGCUGUCUGAAAACCUUGUAUAUUAUAUUGUUGGAAUUUUAGAAAGGGAGUUAUACUAUAAGUAAAUAAGAAGGACUGUCAACUAACGUAUUAGAUACUUCAAGAAACUGCAUGGUUCAAAGCUCGACUACUUGAAAUUAUUAAAGUUAUAUAUAUCUACAUUAGUAAACUCCUGCAUACGGAACUGUUUCGCACAUACUUCGGUGUGUUUCUAUUCUUAUGUGGAAAAUAAACAAUUAAAAUUAAAA